AAAGGGCUAGCCACAUACAUGCUUCAAAGAAACGCUCAGUGAGGGAUCUAGUUGGAUUUUGAAGCCAUCAUGAGUGGAGGAACCCCUUAUAUCGGGAGCAAAAUCAGCCUAAUUUCUAAGGCCGAGAUUCGUUACGAAGGGAUUCUCUACACUAUUGACAUUGAGAAUUCGACUGCCGCACUUGCAAAAGUUCGGUCUUUUGGCACUGAGGAUCGGCCCACUGAUAGGCCCAUCCCGCCCCGAGAUGAGAUCUUUGAGUACAUAAUCUUCAGAGGCAGUGACAUCAAGGACCUGACUGUGUGUGAGCCGCCAAAGCCAACAUGCUCUUUCCCGCAGGACCCUGCCAUCGUCCAGUCCUCUGUGUGCUCAGCCCCUCCACCUGCUCCUGCUGCCACUUCAGUUCCAUUCCAGUCGGUGGGCUCCAGCGGCCUGUUCAACCGAGCUCCCGUGCCCCUGUACAGCCAGUGUAACACCAGCCCCCUGGUGUCCAUGCAGUUUGGCACUGUUGGUGACUGUAAGAGCCACAGCAACACAAAGCCUGGAUAUGGACGAUCAGUGCCGCCCUCCUCCUUUGGGAGCGACACAAGCUCUGCUGCAACCCAGUCCCAGAGCAGUGCUAUUGGCGCUGCUCUCCCCACUGAUUCACACUCUCUGGGUACCGCUACUGUCCUUGUAUCUAAAGGCCAUACCAGCCCCUCCCUGGACCCCCUGAGGAAGAGCCCCACAGUAGAACAGGCAGCCCCGUCGGCCCCCUACGCUCCGACUCCCAGCUUGGGCCGUAGGAGUACUGCUCCAGGCCAAACGACCCCCUCUGCUCCAGCUGCCGGCCAUGCCCAGCAGCAGCACCAUCACCAGGUUGGCGGCCCCCCACCUCAGAGGCGUGGUCAUGGGGGAAGACAACGCGGCAGGAGCCGCUUCAACGUGCGCCUAGACGGACCCAUGAAGGACUUCGACUUUGAGAGUGCCAACGCCCAGUUCGACAAGGAAGAAAUUGACAGGGAGUUCCAGAGCAAGCUCAAACUAAAAGAUGAGACAGAGAAGGCAGCAGUGAACGUGGAGGAUAAGGUCAACUCCAGUGUGGAGACUCAGAACGGCAAGGGCAACGCUGAUGAAGGGCUGGAGGCACUAACACUAAAAGUUUACUACGACAAGACCAAGUCUUUCUUCGACAAAGUCUCCUGUGAUUACAACAGGAAAGCUGCAGAAAAACCUGGAGGAAGCUCUGGUUUCCCACUGCAGCGGAGGCAGACCUGGGCUGAGGAGCGGCGUAUCAACUCUGAGACGUUCGGCAUCCCCCUGCGCGGGGGUCAGGCCCGUGGGGGCUACCGCGGGCGUGGUGGUAUGGGCUUCCGCAGGGGUCGCUCCGCCAGCAGAGGGUCCUUCGGUCCCCCCCGCGGAGGCCACGGCUACAGGGGAGGAUACAAUCCAGCAAGCCAGGGAGGAUUGGAGUUUUCAGAGAACUUUGAGGACAGGGAUACCCGUGGCUGCACGGAGGACAGAUCCAGAGGGGCGACGCCUCAUCUUUAGAAAUAGUUUGUUUUAUACUUUUGACUAAAAGAUUGUAUAUUUGUCAACAUCACUGGGGUAGACUGCAUGAAUGCCACUUUUCCAUAUCUUUUAAUAAUGGAAAUGAUGCAAUCCAUCGAUCUCUUCAAAACAAUUUCCAGGUGGCUAAAUUGUGUAUAAAAAUAUGAGGGAUGUCCUUUUCAGCAAUGAGUUACUUCUUUUCUUGUAACAGGUAUUUGAUUAUAUUCUGUUAGGUGUAGAAGGCUGAAUGACUGAGGAUCGCUGACAUAGCUUCAUUUUUUGGGGGUAACCUGUAAUGUACCAAAUUAGCCAGUGGGGUCUGUCACAGCUUUCUGUGUAUUUUUCAACCACACAAAAACUGUACCUGUACCUAGUCUGCUAGCUAUCCAUCUAUCCCACUUCUCCAAGCUAUCCAUGUCCUCCAAAUGGCAGCGUUUGUGAUUUUAGCUAGAUAUCAACGUUUUGUAAAUGAUAUUCUGGUUUUAUUUACUUCCACGGCUUUACGAGUGAUGGUGCUAGAUGAACUUGGCUAUACUCUUGUUUGGUGACAUAGUUUAACUCUGGUUGCAUAACUAGGUAUAGGGAAAGAUGGAUCAAAGGUCAGAACUUCAUUUUCUUAAAAAAAAAAAAAAAUCUGUAGAUUGCCCUGUACUCGAGGCUACUGGUAUUGUGUAACUAGAGUUUCACAAUGCUGCUGUUUGCUACGGUUAUAUCUCUAGCGUAAUCUAUGUAAACUGCUACAAGAGCUCGCUAAAGCAGGACAUCUAAGUAUGCUUCUUCCUGACAUUUAGGUCACAUUUCAGUUUCCAACAUUUCUAAGGAGCCUUUCCAAAUUGUUAUUCCCUCUUACCUCUUUUUGUCAGUCAGUUUGUUAACCUCAUCCUGAACUCCACAUCCUCGUUCCUCUCAAAGAAACCAGAAUGCCAGAAAGAAUUUGACCCACCAACCGUACUUGAGAUGUCCGACGGAGAGAAACAAUACCCUGAUUGAACUCUUGAUUCGAUGCCUCAGACUCUGUCCCAUGGCACUACAUGGCGGUUGGUGGCUUGCUAAGCUACACAAGUGAUGUCAACGUAAUUGCUCAGUUAAAAAUUGGUUAAAAUAUUUGAUUAAUUGUAGAGCCCUUUGGUUUUAGUGUUUUAUAUAGGCAGCCCAAUUCUGAUAAUGUUCACUAAUUGGUAUUUGGAGCAGCUCUGAAAAAGAACAAUUGGCUUCCUGUAUAAACGCAGCCUUAAAAUUCUCUUGUCUAAGAUGAAGGGUGGUACAGUAGAAUGGGUGGUGGGAUGGGGUGAACCCAGACUUUAUUGCCAUGAUUCUUUACUUCUUGUCUUCUCAAAACAUAUUGGAGCAGAAGAUCAGACGGGAGGAACCUCUUCUUCUGCGCCAAUGUGUUUUGGGGAGACGAGGAAUCAAGUCAACAGUUUAGGUUCACCCAUAGGCUCAAGUGCCUAGUUCAAAGGAAUGUCCUGUAUCUCCAUUUCUCAUUGUUGCACAGAAGCCUGCAUGAGGGUCUGGCUCAAGCCACUGUCAUGACACAGCAAGGAUACAAUGCAAUAACCUACUAAAAUGUCUGUGCUGGGGGUAGUUUGUUUGAGCAUCAAAUGUAAUUUAUAUACAGACUUUAAGCUUGUUUAUUUGGGUACAUUUUUCUAACAGUUUUGUCUCUAAACCCAGCAUGACGUCCUCUUCUGUGGGCCUCAGUGGACUGGGUUUUUUAUUCGAAGCAAACAAUAAAAGUUUUCAUAUCUGUG